UCUUCUUGUAGGGGGCUACUUUUGAUUCCCAUUUAGUUUUGUCUCUCCUAUUGUAAUAACCUAAGAAACCAUGUCAACGGAAACUGAAUUAACAGAUUAUAAUAGAUAAUUAACUCGACUUCAUUUGUACAUUAUUUUUGCGUACGUUUUUUUUUCGAGUCCAAUUUUUGAUUGUUAUCCCCUAUUGUCAUUCAUUCAGUACCAACAACAACAACAACAACAAUUUACUAAUCGUAGUGAUGACAAAUUGCUAUUAUGAUUAUGAUAAUUUGUUUAUAAGUAAAUAACAAUUGAAAGAAACUCUAACUCUUUUAUUUUUUUUUUCUCGAAACUUUUUUUCCUACUUUACAAUAACAAAAAUGUAUUUUAAAAGAUACUAUUGAAAUCGGCUUAAUUGUUACAAUUAGAGAAUUACAAAUAGAAAAGGAUUUAAUUGUUUAAUCAAUAAGGUUAGUAAUCAUAUUGAGAAACAAUCAAGCCGACAGAUAACAAUCAACACAAUCAAUCAAUUGAGAGAUGAUAUAAGUUACAUGUGAAAGGAAAAAAAAGGUAAACUGGACAAAUUGUGAAUUUAGAACAAAUUUCAAGUUCGAAGUUGGAACUUUUUCUUCUCUUUCAACUUGUACAAAAUGUAAAUAGAAAAAAAAAUAUUCAUCAUCAUCAAGAUUUAAAUAGAAAUUAAAUAGAAAUGAUUUGUUUCUAUGGAACAAGAUGAGAAAUGUUUCCAUUAAUGUAACAUGUAUUGUGUGUGUAUGCCCACCGGUGGAUGCUCAGACUUAGUCGGCGGGGAAAUGAUAAGGUUAAUAUUACAAGAAAUUGUUCUAGAUAACUUCUGAUUGGACUAUUAGAUGUUCGUGGCUCCUCCUUAAUACCCACUUUUAUAUUGAGCAUUUCUAGUUAUAUAGGAAGUUCUAACAAAAUCGAGCAGUUUGUUUUCUCGAUUAUUGUUUGAGCAUCUAAAAGGAGAGAGAGAGAGAGACAGACAUUUCAAGUCUAUCAUCCUGAUCAUCAUCUUGAUCAUCACCAACCUCAUCAAUCAUCAUCAUCAUCGAGAGUAAAAAUCAUUAUUAAUCAUUUGAAAUCGUUAAAAGUUUUUUUCUUGUUCUUUUUUUUUAAAAUAAACUCAAUUCCAAGUGAUUCCAAAACAAUGGAAACUUUUACAAAGAAUAAGAUUUCAGUUCCAAAAAAGGAGUUAUCAUUUGGAAUUGAUAAGCUUUUAUCUUUAUCAUCUUCACCGUCAUCAUCAUCAUCAUCAUCUAAACCUCCAAUCACAUCAAUAAAUAUCAAUAAUUUGCCAAUACCUCAUCUACAUCAUCAUAAUCAUCACCAUCAUCAUCGUAUAUCUUUGAUGAAAUCAACCCUUCCCCUUUCAAUUGCUUCAAUAAUUAAGCAACCAACCUCAUCAUCACUAUCAAGUUCAUCAUCAUCAUCAUCUUCAUCGUCCUCUUCUUCCUCAUCAUCUUCAUCUUCGAUAUCAAUUUCAUCCAGGACACUUAAUUUGAGCUCAACGGCAGCGGUAGGUUCUAACAUCGCUAACAUCAACUCCACUUCUUCAGCCCAAUCAAUCACUCCCAACACCAACACCAAUACCAACACUAACACUAACAACAACAACAACAACAACAACAACGGUGUAAAAUCAGCUGGUAAAAUGUUUACCUGUUUAGAGUGCGGGAAGAUAUUCAAUGCACAUUAUAACUUAACCCGUCACAUGCCAGUCCACACCGGGGCUCGGCCGUUUGUUUGCAAAGUUUGCGGUAAAGGUUUUCGCCAAGCGUCAACUUUAUGUCGUCACAAAAUCAUCCACACCGCUGAGAAACCCCACAAAUGUGUCACCUGUGGUAAGGCUUUCAACAGAUCGUCAACCCUUAACACCCACAUGAGAAUCCACAACGGAUACAAACCCUGGAUUUGUGAGUAUUGUGGAAAGGUUUUCACCAAAAGGGACUACAAGAAUCACAAAUUAACUCAUUCCGGGGAAAAGGCCUACAAAUGUGAGAAAUGUAAUAAAGCCUUUCACCAGGUAUACAAUUUGACCUUUCACAUGCACACUCACACCGACAAGAAACCUUAUACCUGUAAAGCUUGUGGUAAGGGUUUUUGCCGCAAUUUUGAUCUUAAAAAACACAUGAGAAAAUUACAUGAUCUAAAUUGUUCCGCCUCAAUGUUUACAAUUAGCCCUUGAAAACUUGUCACUUGUAAAUUGUUCACAAUCAAAUCUUGUAAUUGUUAAGCUAAAUUGUAAUUUUUUCAUCCUCUAGUCUUUCACAUCACCAUCAUCAUUAAUCAUAAAAAAAACAACCACAACAAUUUGAUUAAUAUAAUAAUAAUCCUUUGAAACCAAAAAUAAUCAAUAAAUAACACCAAACAAUUUAAAAGUUGAUUUAUAUAAUGUUAUCAAAAAAAUGACCAAAUUAAAAUAAACAAUUUAGUAAUUGGUAAAAUUUACUCUUACUUUGUGAUCCAAUUUUUUGUGACUUUAUCGAGUGAGUUGAU